CGCGCGUCUCGCAGCCGUCACGCGUCCUCGCGGCUCUAACGCACAGCUCGCAUCACGGUCGAGACUUGGCGCUGGGAGGCGGAAGCCACCUGGCAGCGCGUUGGCCAAUGGCCUUUGGAUUAGAUAACGUGCCAGAUUCGAGGCACCGCGGCGGGUGGUCCAACAUAUACGAUUUGAGAGGUGCGCAUCUCGGAUUCCUUGCAUACAAACGCCAAGUACGGCGAGGCGGCCACAGAAAAAAAGGCUGCAUUGGCACUCGGACUCCAGUCACACUCUCACCGCCGGCCCGAUGAAGUUUGGGAAGGAGCUCCUCAACUCGGUCAACCAGAGCAACCCCGAGUGGGGUCCGUUCUGGAUGAACUACAAGGUGCUCAAGAAGCGCAUCAAGGCCGUCGUCGCGGCCGCCAAGCCGCCGAGCGUGAGCGACAACAAGGAGGCCGAGCUCACGCAGAACCAAGAAGAGAUCGAGUUCUUCAUGGAGCUCCGCGACCAGCUGCGGAAACUCGCUUGCUUUUACGUCUCGGAAGAGAAGCGGUACCUCUUCCGCUUCCAUCAGCUCCAAUCGGUGCUGCGCGAGAUGAAGAAGAAGACGUCGGAUGUCGACGAGAUGGACGCCAAGCGCCUCAUGCUCGCGUUUGUGCACUUUUACCGCGAGUGCAUCCAGCUCGAAAACUACGCGGUCAUGAAUUACCAAGGCUUCUCCAAGAUCCUCAAGAAGCACGACAAGAUGACCGGCCACAACACACGAACCAAGUACAUGCGCAAGAUGGUCAACCAGUCGCCGUUUGCCAACUACCCGCAGCUCAUUACGAUGCUCGAGAACACCGAGCGCAUGUUUGCCGAGAUCCCUGUCGGCGACUCGGUCAUGCAGACCGCGAUGCACAUGGCCACCAUGAUGGGCGCGCCGUCGACGUCAUCUGCCAACGACGAGCCCAUGCCAGCGACAUAAGCGCUCGACCCCACCAUCUAUUAGGCACCACACUAUGUAUACGCGGUCCCACUUAGCUAACUCUGUACGAAAGCAAGACCGUCGACAAACUAGUGUUGAUGCAGAUUACAGGGUUAGGUACUUACAAGUAGAGCGACGCGGCGAAG